AACUCCAAAUUUUUACAUUCAUGUCAGCAAUCAGCAUCUUCUCUUUCUGUUUCUCUUUUCCCUCUCAGCCUCUCUCUCUUUCUCUCUCCCGCCCGCGGUAAAAAUCGUCAAUCUGCAGCCAAUUAGAUCCCCAACACCGUGGCAUUUCCGUAAUUAACUCCAAAAACCAUGACGCAAUUUCUACACCAUCGGACAAGUAAGACUCUCUCUCUCACUGCGAUGACACUGAAGCUCAUCAGUAAUUGAUUCCCAACUGAAUCAAAAGACGCCAACUUUGGCUCUCUCUCGCUCUCUACUUCUCUUUGUUUGUCCGUACACCACUCACCUGUAAAACCGCCACCUCCCGCCGCGGUUUCAAUUUCAUUUCCAGAUACGACGUCGGCGCCAAGCGAGACUAGUUUAUCUAAGCGACAUAUACAAUCCAAUACAACAGACGGCCUUGAACUAACCGCCAGCGGUUAAACGACGCCGGACUGCCAUCGCCUGAGUAGUUUACGUACUCCCAAAUGCGUCGCCGGAGCUUCGCGAGCUGAGACGAUGGGUUGCGUUUUGGGCACGGAGGCCGCCGGAGAUCGCCGAAGAUCCGUCCGAGCUGGGCACCGUCGCCGGAAUAUCGAGGCGCCCUCCGGAGUGGAGGCUGUCAGGGAUGAUAGGAAGGGGGCGGUAGCGAGGCAGAGGGAGAAUCACACCGGCGACUUUCCGGCGAUCGAGCGCCGGAAACCUUUCCCGGCGAACCAGCAGGGUUGGCCUUCGUGGCUCUUGGCCGUCGCCGGCGACGCGAUCCAGGGUUGGACCCCUCGUCGCGCCAACACUUUCGAGAAGCUCGCUAAGAUUGGGCAAGGGACUUAUAGCAAUGUAUAUAAAGCAAGAGACUUGGUUACUGGGAAAAUUGUGGCUUUAAAGAAGGUUAGGUUUGAUAAUUUGGAGCCAGAGAGUGUGAAAUUCAUGGCCAGAGAGAUCAAUGUGCUAAGAAAGCUUGACCAUCCCAAUGUUAUUAAGCUUGAAGGCUUGGUCACUUCAAGAAUGUCUUGCAGCCUCUACUUGGUUUUCGAGUACAUGGAGCACGAUCUCUCUGGCCUUGCCGCUUCCUCGGGGGUCAAGUUCACUGAGCCUCAGGUCAAGUGCUAUAUGAAACAGCUGCUAUCUGGGCUUGAGCAUUGCCACAACCAUGGUGUCUUGCACCGUGAUAUCAAGGGAUCCAAUCUGUUAAUUGACAAUGAAGGCAUUUUAAAAAUAGCUGAUUUUGGACUGGCUACAUUUUUUGAUCCUGAGCAGAAGCAACACAUGACUAGUCGAGUUGUCACUCUCUGGUACCGCCCACCUGAACUUCUUCUCGGGGCCACUUUCUACGGAGUUGGUGUUGACCUUUGGAGUGCUGGCUGCAUUUUGGCAGAGUUACUUUCUGGGAAGCCUAUUAUGCCAGGACGGACAGAGGUUGAGCAACUGCACAAGAUAUUUAAGUUAUGUGGCUCCCCAUCUGAGGAAUAUUGGAAAAAAUAUAAAUUGCCAAAUGCAACACUUUUUAAGCCACAGCAGCCAUAUAAGCGUUGUGUAGCAGAAACAUUCAAGGAUUUCCCAGCUUCUUCGCUACCUUUGAUCGAAUCUCUUCUAUCAGUAGAUUCUGAUGGACGAGGCACUGCCACCACUGCUCUCAAUAGCGAAUUCUUCACUACGGAGCCUUUUGCUUGUGAGCCAUCAAGUUUACCAAAAUAUCCUCCCACCAAAGAAAUGGAUGUAAAGUUACGAGAUGAAGAAGCUAGAAGGCAAAGAGGUCUAAGUGGGAAACCUAAUGCUGCUGAAGGUCCCAGAAGAGUUAAAGCUCGUGAACGAGUCGGUCGGGCGAUUCCAGCUCCAGAAGCUAAUGCAGAGAUUCCAGGAAACUUAGAUAGGUGGAGAGUGAUGACACAAGCAAAUGCCAAGAGCAAGAGUGAGAAAUUCCCACCCCCACAUCAGGAUGGAGCUGUUGGAUACCCACAAGAUACAUCACAUAAAGGCCCAGUAUCAUUUGUCACAACAACUGAUGCUUCAUUUGGAUCAGUGAUCUUUAACACAAAAUCUUCUACAUCUGCUAAAAGCAUGGGAGCAAUUGGGGGGCCUUCGAGGAGGAGGAAAACCAAUAGAGACGACCCCCGCAUAGCUCCAUCUCGGAAGUUGAUCCAGGCAUUCAAGCCUUCCUCAAUAGGGCUCUCAAUGAAUUUAUUAUUUAACGGUAAAAAUAUCCCUCCCUCAUUUCUGACUCUCUGUUUACUAUCUGCUUGCUCUCUGUUUCACUGUAAAGGUUGUGCCUUUGGGUUUGUGUCCGUACGGAAAAUGGCGACACCGAGAGAGCACAUAGAAGAAAUACGCAUGAAAAAGUUCUCCAUUGGAGGGGAACUCAACCCUUUAUCUGAAGAUCUUCACCACGCUGUCGAGCAUCUCUCUGCUGAGCUCUAUUCUAAAGAUGUCCACUUUCUCAUGGAACUCAUCCAGAAUGCAGAAGAUAAUCAGUACUCAGAGGGGGUUGAUCCAUCACUUGAGUUUGUCAUAACGUCCCGGGAUAUAACCGGCACAGGGGCUCCUGCCACCUUGCUUGUUUUCAAUAAUGAGAAGGGAUUUUCUCCCACAAACAUAGAGUCUAUUUGCGGUAUUGGACGGUCGACAAAGAAAGGCAACCGGAAUCAGGGCUAUAUUGGGGAGAAAGGAAUUGGUUUCAAGAGCGUGUUUCUGAUCACAGCUCGGCCUUACAUUUUUAGUAAUGGUUAUCAAAUAAGGUUCAAUGAAGAGCCUUGUAUGCAUUGCGAUCUUGGGUACAUAGUUCCAGAAUGGGUUGAGGAAAGCCCGACUCUAUCUGACAUAACAGAGAUAUAUGGUUCUGGUUCUGCCCUUCCAACCACAACACUGAUCUUGCCUCUAAAGCCUGACAAGGUCAAACCUGUGAAGCAGCAGCUCUCAAGCAUGCAUCCUGAAGUUCUCUUGUUUCUUGCAAAGAUUAAGCGUCUCUCGGUUAGGGAAGAUAAUGAGGAUCCCAGGCUCAACACUGUAACCGCGAUAUCAAUAUCAAGUGAGACUGAUUUUGUGACGCGGAAGAACAUUGAUGCUGAUUCCUACACGCUCCAUCUCUCUGCAAAAGAAAAUGGUAAUGAGUCGGAACCCGAAUGCAUCUAUUAUAUGUGGAAGCAGAAGUUUCCUGUCAAGCAAGAAUGCAGAGAUGAGAAGAGAAUGGAGGUAGAUGAGUGGGUGAUCACGCUAGCAUUUCCAUAUGGAGAACGCCUUAAUAGAGGAACAAGCUCACCCGGGGUCUAUGCAUUCCUUCCCACUGAAAUGUUUACAAAUUUGCCCUUCAUAAUUCAGGCAGAUUUUCUUUUAGCAUCAUCAAGAGAAAAUAUUCUAUUGGACAAGAAGUGGAAUCAAGGAAUUCUGAACUGUGUGCCCUCUGCAUUUAUUAAUGCAUUUCUCUCUCUCGUGAAAACUAUAGAAGACGCACCAGUAUCUAGUUUGCCUCUUUUUUUCAGGUUCUUGCCUGUCCAGAGCUCUCAAUAUGAUGAAUUGAAUGUUGUGAGGGAGUCAAUCAAAGCACAGCUGGUUGAGAAAGACAUUGUACCAUGUGAGCCGCACAAGGAGCAGAAGUUCUUCCAUAAACCUUGUGAAGUGGGUAGGUUAUUGCCUCCUUUUUGGAAUAUUUUGAGAAAGGCAAGGGAAGUAGGGGUAAGCUUGCCGAAUCUCUCUUCCCAUGGAAAAUAUGUUUUGUGUCAUUCAUUUGACCAAGAAGAGUAUGAUCACAUUUUGAGUUUCCUUGGAGUUGAACCAGUGGAUGAUGAAUGGUAUGCUAAAUGCAUUCAGAGUUCCAAUCUGGUAGUUGGAGUGUCAGAAGAUGUCUACUUGGAACUUCUACUGUUUAUUGCUGAUAAUUGGCGGCCCAAAUUUCAUUGCACCAACAUCAAGAACAUACCACUGAUAAAAUAUGUGGAUCUUUAUGAGGAUGUAUCUUUGUGCAGCUUGAGCUCAAUGCAGACUGGUAAAAAGAACGUUUGCCUAUCCCGCCAUUCUUGUCAUGUUUCAUGGCUGAUUGACUGGAACAGGGAAUUUAUAUCUUCGGCAAGUCUUCUUUUUAUGCCGAAAGGGACCCAGGAAGCUAUCCAGUUAUGUUCUAACAAGGACAAGUUGGUGAAAUGGCUUGCGGAACAAAUGAAGGUUGCAGCUGUAAAUGUACAUGAAUAUGCAGUUUGCCUCUAUAAGUCUCAUGGUAUUGAACGGAAACCUGCUAUUGCAUAUGCCCACUUUUUGUAUCAUUCAUGCCGCACAAGGAGCUAUAUCUCUUAUCCUGAAGUCGUUGAUUUGUGUGGUAAGAUGCCACUUGUGGAUAACUAUGGGGACGUCAUCAGACAAAGGGAAGGAGUUAUUGUCCCUGCCAACGAAAGCAAAUGGGCGGGGUUUACUGAUUCGAAUCUGUGGAAAGAAGAUGGCUUUGUUCAGUUAGGAGAAGAUUACAUGAAUCCAGGCUGCUUUGCAGGUCAAAUUACAGAACAGAAGCAGCUCCUUGAGUUCCUCAAAGAGUAUGCUGGAGCUUCGGAUGUCCCUUAUAUUUCUGCUCCCAAUGCCUGUCUUCCAACUGUAUCUGCAACACUUAGUAUACAAAAGGUAUUCUUGCUUUUGGACUGGAUUCGCCACCUGAGAUAUCAAAGGGUUCACAUCCCGGAGAAGUUCUUGAAAUGUAUAAAGGAAGGUAGUUGGUUGAAAGUUACUUUGAAUGGAUUUUCUGUGUCCAGGCCACCUUCGGAGUCAUUUGUACUUGCCCCAUCAUGGGGAAACAUUUUGCAGACUGGAUCCGUUUUUGUUGAUAUCCCAUUGGUUGACAAGAGUUAUUAUGGUGAUAGAAUUGAUGAUUACAAGGAGGAGCUGAAAACAAUUGGAGUAAUGUUUGAAUUUGGAGAAGCAUGUGAGUUUAUUGGGAAGCAUCUUAUGUCUCUGGCAGCUUCGUCCACUUUAACUAGAGGCAACGUACUUUCAAUACUACAUUUUAUCAGGCUCUUGAGGGACAAAUGUCUUCCCCCAGACGAUUUCAUCAGCAGUAUCAAAAGCGGACCAUGGCUUAAAACAAAAUCUCAUGGUUACAGGUCUCCAGAUGGAUCUGUCUUGUUUGACCAAGAGUGGAUAAUUGCAUCCAAAAUUAGUGACAUUCCCUUCAUUGAUCAGGAGGUAUACGGUGAAGAAAUCCUUGAUUUCAAAACAGAACUUGAGUUGCUUGGUGUGGUUGUCUCGUUCAACAAAAAUUACCAGCUUGUUGUCGACCACCUAAAGUCACCGUCAUGCUUAACUUCUCUGACACCUGAGGCUGUUCUACUAAUGCUGCAAAUUAUGCACAUUUCAAAUUCAUCCAAUAAGAUUGUCGAAGCACUGAGAGGAAAAAAAUGCCUGAAGACAAAUAAUGGUUACAAGUCUCCAAGUGAAUGUCUCUUGUUUCACCCAGAAUGGGGUUGCCUUCUUCAGGUCUUUAGUGGUGUCCCAUUGAUUGAUCAUAAUUUGUAUGGAGACAUAAUCUUUUCCUUCAGAGAUGAGUUGAGAAAUAUAGGGGUGGUCGUUGAUUUUGAAGAGGCUGCAAAAGUAUUUGCUCACCAUUUCCAGCAGGCUUCCAUCACCAAAGAAAAUGUAGAAUCAUUUCUGUCCUGUUACAGAAAGCUGGAGGGAAGUCGUUUUAAAUUUCCUGCAGAGCUUAAGAGCUGCAUUUGCGAAAAAAAGUGGCUGCGUACUCGCCUUGGUGAUUAUAGAUCUCCAAGAGAGUGCAUUCUGUUUUGUUCUGAUUGGGAAUCUCUCUCUCCCAUAUGCCUUCUCCCUUUUAUUGACGAUUCUGACACUUGUUAUGGCAAGAACAUUCAUGAAUAUAAGCAAGAGCUGAAGAGCUUGGGGGUUGUUGUGCAAUUCAAGGAUGGGGUCAAGUUUGUGCCUUCUUGUCUUUAUCUUCCCCAGAAUCCGAGCAGCAUUUCUCGAGAAAAUGCACUUGCUUUGCUGGACUGCAUACAUAUUUUAUUGCAGGAGAAAGAUAACUCCUUUCCUGAUGUGUUCCCGAAGAAAGUUUCUCAGGCAUGGCUGAAGACUCAUGAUGGUUACAGGCCUCCGAGCAAGUGCUUGUUGUUUGAUUCCAAGUUUGGCGAGCAUCUAAAGCAGACUGAUGGCCCUUUCAUUGAUGAAGAAUUUUAUGGUUCUGAAAUUACAACAUACAGAGAAGAGCUCUCUGCAAUAAAGGUGAUUGUUGAAGUGGACAAAGGAUGUCCUUUGAUUGCCAGCCAGCUUGCUCUUCAUGAUGAAUUGUCCACUUUUGUUCGAGUAUAUAGUUACUUGAGUGAGUUUAAGUGGGAGCCGAAUAGCAAGGCUGACAAAAGGAUCUGGAUUCCAAAGGGAAAUCAGAAUGGAGAGUGGGUUAAUCCAGAAGAGUGUGUUUUAUAUGACAAGGAUGAGCUGUUUGGCUUGCAGUUGACUGUUCUGGAGAAAUACUUUGAGCGUAACCUACUCUUGUUCUUCUCCAGUGCUCACAAGGUAAAGCCCCGUCCGUCAAUUGAUGACUACUGCAAGCUCUGGAAGGUGUGGGAAAGUUCUGAAACUGGACUGUCUCAUGAUCAAUGUUGCAAGUUCUGGCAGUAUGUUUUAAAGAAAUCAAAAACAGAGAAAGCUCUUUCUGAGGCCUUGGUGAAAGUACCUGUUAAUUCAGGCUCAGAUGAAAUCUUGAUGUUAAACAAGUGCGACGUUUUCCUUCCUGAUGACCUUCAACUUAAGGAUCUUUUUGAUAAGUCUUCUACUCACCCCUUAUUUGUUUGGUACCCUCAGCCAAGCUUGCCUGACUUGCCUCGGACUACAUUGCUUGAAAUGUAUAGGAAAAUUGGUGUUCGAGCUAUUUCUGAAUCUGUACAGAAGGAAGAACUGUCCCUAGAAAAUGGUGUUGAUGAACAGGUAAUUCCAACGGAGAAAUUGAUCGGGAAAGCGCUGCUCAAGCUGAUUCUUGGUUUUCUAGCUUGUUCUCCCAUUGAAAUGGAAGCAGGGAAGAGGCGAAAAGCAGUCCAAGGUCUUCUCAAUCUCGCUGUCGUAGAGACAACUGAACCGAUCACUGUAAGCUAUAACUUACCAUUGUCUUCUGGGGAGAUUUUGAAAGUGAGAGCAAGCCGUAAGAUAAGAUGGGACAGAGAGAUGUCGAAAUUUUUCUCUCAGAAAAUGGACAGGUCUGGGGGACAUAAAAGUAUCAUUGAGUUUGCCACAUAUUUCUCUGAAGUAAUAUCUGAUGGUGUCUUGUGGGAGCACACUGAUCAUAUCCCUGCACUUUCUGAGCUGAUCAAGUUGGCCUUUGUGCUAGAAUUUAAUGAGGAAGCAGUUGAUUUUUUUAUGAAGUCCAAGAAUUUGCAAAUCUUCAUUGAGGAUGAAGAGUUACUAAAUUCUGCCUUCCCUUCUUCCACCUAGGCAUGGUAUGAAACAUUUGCGGUAAUUUUUGGUUUACGUUCUUUAUUUGCUGCCGUAUCUUUGUAUUAGAUAUAUAUAUAUAUAUAUAAUUUGUUUGUAUUAUCAGUCUGUAGUAUGUGUUGUGAACUUUAUUUGUGUGAGUUGUGUGCUUUUGUCAAUGGGAUUCUCUUGUGAUUCUGGACAGGUUCUUGGUUUGUAAUUUAAAUCAGCUGCUAGAUUGCUAAUAAUAUGUCAGAUUUGUUGAAUUCUAUUUUC